CGUGCAACGUGCCAGACCUGAGGAGCUCGUAAUACCACGUGUAAAAGGCGCACAGUAGAAGUCCCGGUAAAGUGAACUUCGUAACCAACUUCUCAACAAUGACUUGUAGCCUACUUAACUACACUGGCCCAAGUUCAAUGUUGUGUAUAAUUACGAAGUGGGUCUUGCAGUGACCUCAAGGAACAGAGCAGGUGUGAGAGGUGCACCAUGGGCCGGCUGGACGGGAAAGUGAUUGUGCUGUCAGCAGCAGCGCAGGGGAUUGGACGAGCUGCAGCACUGGCAUUUGCUAAAGAGGGAGCUCAAGUCAUUGCAACGGAUAUCAAUGGGGAAAAGCUGAAGGAAUUGGACGGUGUUCCAGGGAUCAGGACCAAGGUGGUGGAUGUGACAAAGAAGGACCAAGUGGAAGCCUUGGCCAAUGACCAUGACCACGUAGACGUGCUGUUCAAUGUUGCAGGGUUUGUGCACCAUGGCUCCAUCUUGGAGUGUGAAGAGGCUGACUGGGAUUUCACCAUGAACGUAAACGUCCGGAGCAUGUACCUCAUGAGCAAGGCUUUUCUGCCGAAGAUGUUGGCCAAGAAAUCAGGAAACAUCAUAAACAUGGCAUCUGUUGCAUCAAGCAUAAAAGGCGUUGUGAACCGGUGUGUCUACAGUACCUCCAAGGCUGCAGUUAUCGGGCUCACCAAAUCUAUAGCUGCUGAUUUCAUUGAGCAAGGCAUUCGCUGUAACUGUGUUUGUCCUGGGACUGUUGAUACUCCAUCACUGAGGGGCAGGAUCCAGGCCCAGCCUGACCCUGAACAGGCUUAUAAAGAUUUUAUGGCACGACAGAAAACUGGCAGAAUGUGCACAGCAGAGGAAGUGGCUCACCUCUGUGUUUACCUGGCCUCAGAUGAGUCAGCCUAUGUGACUGGAACAGAGCACAUCAUCGAUGGAGGAUGGAGACUCUGAGCAACCUACAGCAAACACUGGCAAACACUCAUUAGCACUAAUACACAAAUAAACAUUUUAAGCCAUCUUUUUUUGAUUGUUCAUGUUUACUUACUGUAUCAUUUAUGAGUAGCAUCUCUAAAUUUUAACUCAAAUUUAGAUGGACUUGGAAAAAUGUCUGUGUGCUGCCGACAUAUUACUGCCUCCAUCUUGUCAGAUAAGAAACUGUUGUCGCAGAGGAAAUUGGUCUUGUACACAUCAGCGCUACGUUAUACAUCAGACUGAGCCAACAGACAACAAACUUUAGUAUAAUAAUCGAGAUACAUCACAGCCAAGAUAAUGAUGCUGCCAAGAAAUAUAUCACUUGUGCAUUAUUUUUCAAAGAAAUCUGUGUGGAUUGCAAUGGGAGUGAUUAUUAAUGAAACAGUUCUGUUAACACUGAUUAAAGAAAGUUUCCACAAGA